GUAUUAAGACAGCAACCCAAGAGGGCAAAGUAGAAGCUACUAGACUUCUUACAGCUUGGAAAAUCAUAUGAUGUCACCUAACACUGCACUUUUUUUUUUUUUUUAAGUUUUCUGUGUUUAUUUAAUGCUCAUUCAGGGAUAUGUUUUUAUUGAUUUUAGAGGGAGAGGAGGAAGGGGGUGGGGAGAGAGAGAAGCAUUGAUUGGCUGCUUCCCACAGGCAUCCCAACCAGGGCGUUGAACCAGUAACCUAGGUACUCCUAAUGUGCCCUUACCUGGAAUCAAACCCAACAACCCUUUGGUGUUUGAGAUGACGUUCCAACCAGUUGAGCCACCUGGCCAGGGCAGUGCUACACAUUCUUUCAGUCAGAGUAAAUCUUACAAGAGGAUCCCCCACCGAAGGGAUCCUGAACAAGACUGUUACUAUAGUAACGGAACACAGCAAUCUAGAGUGAUGGGAGAGGAUACAUACUAUUUGAGAGGAAAUCUUAAGAAUGGAGUCUAAACCUUCGAGGAUUCCAAGAAGAAUUUCUGUUCAGCCUCCCAGCUCUUUAAGUGCUAGGAUGAUGUCUGGAAGCAGAGAAAGUAGUUUAAAUGACACCUAUCCCUCAAGAGACUCUUCAUUUAGACUGGAUCCUGAAUAUCAGUCUACAUCUGCAUCAUCGUCUGCAUCUCCAUUUCAAUCCACGUGGUAUAGUGAAUCUGAGAUAACUCAGGGAGCACGCUCAAGAUCACAGAACCAGCAACGGGAUCAUGAUUCAAAAAGGCCUAAACUUUCCUGUACAAACUGUGUAUCUACCUCAGCUGGGAGGAAUGUUGGACAUGGUUUAAAUGCAGUAUCAGAUUCUUCUUGGAGGCAUAGUCAAGUUCCCAGAUCUUCAUCAGUGGUACUUGGAUCAUUUGGAAGUGACUUAAUGAGAGAGAGGAGAGAUUUAGAGAGGAGAGCAGAUACCUCCGUUAGUAAUCUUAUGGAUUAUAGUCACCGCAGUGGUGAUUUCACAACUUCAUCAUAUGUUCAAGACAGAGUUCCUUCUUCAUAUUCACAGGGAGCAAGACCAAAAGAGAACUCAGUGAGCACUUUACAAUUGAAUGCAUCAUCCACAAACCACCAAAUAUCUUCUCAACAUCAGACCAUACCAUGUUCUAGUAGAAAUUCUUUGAGAUCAAAUUUUUCACCAAGAGAAUUGGAAUCUCCCCAAAGUAAUACACAGCCUGGAUUUUCUUUUAUUUCAAAUAGGGAUGAAACCUCAACUAUAAGCAAUGCAGGUAGGGUUGGUUCAUCUCAAAGAUCAUUUCAAGAAUCUUCUGACAACGAAGGGAGACGUACAACCAGAAGAUUGCUGUCACGUAUAGCUUCUAGUAUGUCAUCUACUUUUUUUUCACGAAGGUCUAGUCAGGAAUCCUUAAAUACAAGAUCACUGAGUUCUGAAAAUUCUUACAUUUCUCCAAGAAUCUCGACAGCUUCACAGUCUCGUAGUAAUGCAGCAUCAACUUCUGACGUUCCUGAUAAUAGGGCAUCUGAAGCUUCUCAGGGAUUUCGAUUUCUUAGGCGAAGAUGGGGUUUGUCAUCUCUUAGCCAAAAUCAUAGCUCUGAGCCAGAUUCAGAGAAUUUUAACCAAGAACCUGAAGGUAGAAAUGCAGGACCAUGGUUAUCCUCCUCACUUAGAAAUAGAUGCACACCUUUGUUCUCUAGAAGGAGGCGAGAGGGACGAGAUGAAUCUUCAAGGAUACCUACCUCUGAUAUACCAUCUAGAUCUCAUCACUUAUUUAGAAGAGAACCAAAUGAAGUGGUUCACCUUGAAGCACAGAGUGAUCCCCUUGGGGCUGCUGCCAACAGAUCACAAGCACCUGCAGCAUCAAGCAGUGCUGCUACAGGUGCCUCCACAUCAGAUUCGGCUCCCAGUGGAAGAAACCCAGGAAUAACAGGAAUCCUUCCCGGUUCCUUGUUUCGAUUUGCAGUCCCCCCAGCACUUGGAAAUAAUUUGACCGACAAUGUCAUGAUCACUGUAGAUAUUAUUCCUUCAGGUUGGAGUUCAUCUGAUGGAAAAAGUGACAAAACUAAAAGUGCACCUUCAAGAGACCCAGAAAGACUGCAGAAAAUAAAAGAGAGCCUUCUUUUAGAGGACUCUGAAGAAGAAGAGGGUGACUUAUGUAGAAUUUGUCAGAUGGCAGCUGCAUCAUCAUCUAACUUGCUAAUAGAGCCAUGCAAGUGCACAGGAAGUCUGCAGUAUGUCCACCAAGAGUGUAUGAAAAAGUGGUUACAGGCGAAAAUUAACUCUGGUUCUUCAUUAGAGGCUGUAACCACCUGUGAACUCUGUAAAGAGAAGUUGCAGCUUAACCUGGAGGAUUUUGAUAUUCAUGAACUACACAGAGCUCAUGCAAAUGAACAAGCCGAGUACGAGUUUAUCAGCUCUGGUCUCUACCUUGUUGUGUUACUGCACUUUUGGGAACAAAGCUUUUCAGAUAUGAUGGGAAAUACAAAUGAACCAAGCACACGAGUCAGAUUUAUUAACCUUGCAAGAACUCUUCAGGCACAUAUGGAAGAUCUCGAAACUUCAGAGGAUGAUUCUGAAGAAGAUGGAGACCAUAACAGAACAUUUGAUAUUGCCUAACUUCAUAUAAGACAAAUGGAUGAUCUGUUAACAAGUGUUUAUUAAAACUGGCAAUUAAGGAUGAAUCAAUUUUGUGGGGGAAUGCCUAUUGAAUACAUAUAUAAAAUGAAUAUAUAUACACAUGUAAUCAUGUAUGUGUAUAUAUAUUCAUUCUCAAGUGUUGCUGAAUUAAAAUUCUAUUUGCUGGACCUUUUAACAUGGCCAGUGACUGAUGUUUAUAAACUGGUAAUCAAAAGUAUUUUUCUUUUAGGUGAGUAGGAAAGUAUUACAUUAUUUUAAAUAUCUUAGCAAUGCCUACAAUGUUUUUGUGUUCUGAUUAUUAGAGUCAUAUUUAUGAAAAUGAUUCGUGUUUUAGUCUUUUGCUAGUGAAAAAAGUAAGACAGAAAUAUACUUUCAAAAUAAAAUGCCAGAUGGCACCUAAUUAUUUUUCCUUUUAAAAUGCCUUAAGUUGCAGCAUCAUUUUCAUAAUCAUUUGCUUCCAGUGUUUAAAAAAAUAAAGAAUGGGGAGUAAGUUGUGAAGACGAUUAUAUUAGGUGUCCAAAUUUAAUUUAAAUUCUAAAUUCACUUAGCCAUAAAAUUUAAUUUUUUAAAAGUAUAUAAAUAUAAAAUGUAUAAAUUAUGGAUAAAGUUUUAUAAUGAUUUGGAAAGGGCAGAUUAUAUUUGAUAGGCCAUAGAAUGUGGACAUUUCUUUUUGGAAUAUUACAGCUAUAAAUUAUACCAGAAUUGCCAGUCAGAUGCUAUUUGGUAAAGGGAAAAAUAUUGCAAUCUCAAGUUAUUGAAUAUUUUUAAAUCCCACAUUCAGAGUUUAAAACACUGGUUUUCAAUGUGUUUUUUUAGAGUUGUCACUUUUUUGUAGAUAAAUAUGAUAUAAAUAACCUGUUUGAAUCCUGGUCGUUUUUAACUGUUCCUUGCUAAUCUGAGCAUUUAUUUGGUAAAUUACUAUUUUUCACUACCUUUGGAGAACAGAUGAACUUUACCUGCUCAACAUCAGUAGAUCUAUACUGUGGUCAUGAGUUGUGUAUAGUUCCAGAACAGUAUAUUUUCUUUGUCAACACCCUUAAGAUACACUUAAAAAACACCUUCAGGUGAUUUUAGGUUAAGUCUUAUGUCAUGGCAACAAACUUCUUUUUCAGAACCUAAAUAGAAACCAUGUAAUUUCUCAAAUGUAAAUCAACAGUUUGCCCACAAUUAGUUUGUUGGUCUUAAUGUAAAAUCUUGGCUUGAAAUAAAGUGCAUACUGAUUGAUUUA